AUGGAGUUCACCGUUAAUAUAUUUAACAAGGAUGACGCUGCAGAGUUGUUAGGUGAGCUUCUUGGGGUGAGUCUGGCUGCUGCAUAUGCUGAGUUUAACUUGACGCGGACAACCAUUGUUCGGUACAGUUGGUUGCUUGACGUAUACCAUCAGCGAUGUGCUGAUCAGCAUUGGCAGAUGGCUGCGAGGGCAUUUCUUUUAUUUUUGGUGGGUUGCACCUUGUUCAGCGACAAGAGUGCCUUCGCAGUGAGUGUUGCCUACCUUGAAUGUUUCAGAGACCUCAACUCAUGCGGAGGAUAUGCAUGGGGUGCUGCUGCGCUUGCUUACCUAUACGACAAUCUUCGAGAAGCGAGUAUGCAUCAGACUAGAACAGUAUCAGGGUAUCUGACACUAUUACAGGCGUGGGUGUAUGAGCAUUUUCCAACAUUAUGUGCGAAUUGUUGUAGACUAUCUCAGGUUUAUGAUGAGGACUAUCCGAGAGCACUUAGAUGGAAGCCAAAACGUGAUAAAGGUUUGGUUGUUCCAUUUAGGAAAGCACUGGACGAGAUUGAUGUUGAUGGCAUAUGUUGGACACCCUACAGAGAGCAUAGGCCGAAGCGACCAUUUGAGGUUGUUUCAUUAUUCAGAGGGUGGAUACGCUGGGGUCCGAAGAUGUAUGCUCACUUGCCAGAUAGGGUAUUGCGUCAAUAUGGAUAUGUCCAAACCAUCCCUGGUUCACCUUUGGAGAUAUUGACGUUGGGGCAGUUGUACACAGACCUGCAGACUGUGCAAUUGAGUACAUGGACUGGUUUCGUCGGAUUUCUCAUCCAUAUAUCAUUCGUAGAGAACUAG